AUGGACCAACGCAGAGGCCUUUUUAGAUUCGACGCAUCCCUUCUUCGUCUUCCGAAAUCUCAAAAGCUUAGAUCUGCGGGAGUUUAUCUCUCGGGUGCAUUGUUCGCAAUUGGAUUCUGGUCUAUGGUUGACGCAGCUAUAUACUCCAAAACAGUCAAUGCCAGCGUCGUACACAUCACUUUCGUGGACUGGAUCCCGUUCAUAUGCUCUACUUUGGGUAUGCUUAUUGUGAACUCCAUUGAAAAGUCUAAUUUGUUUACCGAGGGGCAAAAUUCCUUCUUGGGCGAUGGCAACACGCACGCCUGGGCAGCAAGAGUCAUUUUGUUCUUUGGCUUCUCCUUGUUAGCCGGUGGAUUGGCUGGUUCAUUCAUGGUUUUCAUUCUCAAGUUCUUGAUGAAGCACUAUACCUUCCCUACUUUGGGUAUGGGUGUUUCCAACAUCAUCUGUAAUGGAUGCAUCAUGCUAAGCUGCAUAGUCUUGUGGUUGUCUCAGAACAUCGAGGACGAGUACAGCUACAGCUUGGCCUUGAACUAA